AUGGAGAUGGAGGACCACAGGGCGUAUGCCACGGCUGAUGUGCCCCCCGAUGUUCGAGCGCCACCCAAGAAACGCAGGCGCAUCGUCAUCUCGUGCACGGAGUGCCACCGGAGGAAGCAAAAGGUUCGCCCCGUUCCCCCCCCCCUCCCUUUUCUCGUUUGCCUGUGCCGACUCGACUCCUCCGGCGACCCAAGCUCACCUGACAUGGCCAGUGCGAUCGCGACCUGCCCUGUGCCAAUUGCAAAGCACGCAAGAAGGUAUCCGCCUGCCGCUACGAAACCAAUGCGCCGACGCCAAAGAGCGCGGCCAAGACGUCCUAUCAGCAGCAGACCGGACACAACGGCCGACGCUGCCACCUCUCCACCUCUCCAGAGCCUCGCCGGCACCGCCGCCAACUGGGGUUUUUCUCCGUCCGGAGGCUCGACCAUUGGGUUCCUCAAGAAGAUAGAAAGCGCCAACGGCGACACGAGCCUGUCCGCCUCCGCGCCGCCGACCGACGACGAACACUACGCCAUCAAGGAGCAAUACAAGUCCCUCAUCAGGCAGCUCCCGGCCAAGGGCUACAUCGAACGGCUGAUCAAGAUUUACUUCCGCGAGUUCAACCACAACUACUAUCCCCUGGACGAGGACAUCUUCCUCGUCCAGCUGGCGGAAUGGAACAACCUGUCCUUCAACACGCUGUCGUCGUCGGGGCCGCAGGGGCUGUCGCCUGAUCUGCGCGUCUUCCCCGCCCUGCUCUUCCAGGUCCUCGGCACCGCCCUGCUCAUCUUGACCGACGAACCUCACGAGUUCUACGACCACCUGAACGCGAUCAAGGAUGCGCAGGAGAUUGGCAUGCACAAGGACGCACUGGAUCCCCAGCCAGCCAGCGACUCGACAGAGGACAUUCUCGAGAACCAGUGGCUCAUCCAACGAAGGCGACGGGUGUACAUGGUGCUCAUGAUGUGGGACGUCCAUUGUGGGGUCGUAUUGGGCCGACCAGGCACCAUACACUGGAAAUCGGCGUCGGCAAAGCCCAGCAUGCCGAUAGACGCGCCCAUACCGAAGGACCGAAGAAAGACACCGGUCGUCUUGCGAGAUGAGGAGCGCGACCCCCCGACGCCCAUCACGAAGCAGCUGCAAUCUUUCAAGCUGCUGAGUCCCCUGACAGAAGUCAUCGAGCUGGAGCAGGAUGGACCCUGUCCCAAGAACUACGACAAGGUAGACCGCAUCCACCACCUCAUUUUGAGGCUCGCUGAAGAGACGCCUGCCUAUCUGCGACUCAUCAACCCGGACAGGCGCUGGGACAACCAUCCCGACUGCUCCUGGUGGCUCCAAUCCUGCAGAUUUUGGAUCCAUCCACUUCAGCAUUUCAACUUUAUCGCACUCCAUCGACCCUAUGUCUUCAACAGGCAAGAGAGCCGGGCGGUCGCACUGCGCGCCAGUAUCGACACAUUGCAAGCACAGAUGGAGAUGUUCCAGAACAUGGACUCCAAGGCGUGGAGGAACUUCCUGCUUUUCUUCGGCAGCUUCGACGCCGUGGUGCUCAUGGCUUCCAUCUACAUUCUCUUCCCCAAGGAGAACGUCGAGCUCGCGAGCACGGCCAUGCAGCAGUUUCACUGGACGCAGGAGCGGUUCGAGGCCAUUGCGGACCGCAACCGGCUGGCCAACUCGGCGCGCGGCGUGCUGCAGGCCAUUUACAAAAAGUUCCGCAAGGUCAUCGAGAGCCAGCUGCCGCCCGCGCAGCAGCACGUCGAGCCUCUCGCGGACGCCCGGUCGACGGCCGACAGCCUGGCCUCGGCGCGCGAAUCGCACAUGGUCAUGCCGCCGGCCAGCGCGCCCGCCGCCGCCGACGCGGGCUACCCGCCGCCGCCGCCCCAGGUGCCGACGGACUGGUCCAUGCCGGCCAACUUUGACUUUGCCAACAUGGCGCCGCUGUUCCCGAUGAACGACAUCAUCACCCACGACCUCAACAUUGUCGGGGGCGGCAUGGCCUGGAGCCCGCCCUCGGUGCCGGCGCAGCAGAUGGUGCCGGGCGUGUUCGAGGGCGACUUCGGCGGCGACAGCUUCUGGAGCCUGAUGAACCAGUACGAGCCCGCGCCGAUGUGA